CAUGCACGCGCCGAGAAAGAGAGAGAGAGAGGCAGAGAGAGAGGGAGAUUUUCUCUUUGUACUCAGAGAGGAGUUGAGGCUUUUUAUAUAAGCGGAGUUUGCCUGCUGGAAAUAGAACAAUAAGCCGGCUCCACUCGUCGUUCUCUCCAUUUUUAUGUCUUUUUCCCCGGACAAGAAAAAGCAUUAGGUUCCAGCGCUUGUUUCUUCAGGGGGACAUUUCCAGUCACACGUCCACCGGUCGGGAUUUGUUUGUUUUUUGAGCGUUAUUCUUGUUUUUGUUUCCAGCCGGACAGAUCUUCUUCUUCUUUUCUCGCCUCUUUCCACACCUCCCCGGUUCUUCUCUCCCACUCACCCCCCUCCCUCUCCUCCUACCACCACCGCCACAACCACCUCUGGAAAAGCGAGCGACCAUGGCCGCCGUAACCAGCCCGGAGACGAGCCCUCAGCCCCGGGUGUACUUCCAGACGCCGGCCGGCACCACGGAGGAGCCGGAGACGCCUGUUCGGAAGCAGGGACGCGUUACCGUCAAAUACGACCGCAAGGAGCUGAGGAAGAGGCUCAACCUGGAGGAGUGGAUCAUCGACCAGCUAACGGACCUGUACGACUGUGAGGAGGAGGCCAUCCCAGAGCUGGAGAUAGAUGUGGACGAGCUGCUGGAUAUGCCCAGUGACAUUGAGCGGGCAGCCAGGGUCAAGGACUUGCUGGUUGACUGUUUUAAACCUACUGAGGACUUCGUCACAGAGCUGCUGGACAAGAUCCGAGGGAUGCAGAAGCUCUCAACGCCACAGAAGAAAUGAUGGCGUCCAUCUUCCUCCCCGGCAUCCUCCAGCUUCCACAUCAGCCCUCACCUCUCGUCUUUCUAUCGCUCCCCAUUCUUUUUGUAUUCUAACGUCAAUUUUCUUCCAUUGAGGAUGUCUUUUUUUCCUCUUGUCGUUAGGCCCUCUGUUCUAAACCCCAGUCUUGAUUUUUUCCCCUCUUCAUCUCAUCCUCUUCUCUCUUGUUGCCUGGAUCCAGUCCCAUUAGUCACUUUUAUUUCAAAAUGUUCUGACAUCCCCUGCUUACUUGAUGAACUUCCUCCUUAAAAUACCAUCAGCAAAGAAAGAAAGAGCUCAGAAUUGAUCGGCAGACGACAACAAUCAAAUUCAUCGGAUAGGAUACAAGGAGCUCUCCUUUCCUUCUUCACCCUUUAUUUGGCUUUGCCUCUCCCUCAUCCAGCUCCUCCAUCUGUCGGAGGAGAAAGAGGAGGGGAGCCGAGAAGAAUCCCAUAAUUACUGGGAGUGGAGCGGCCGAGAGUGGAAAGAGCCAGAGUUGACAGCAGCCAAGAAACGAGCGGAUGGCUGAACGAUGGAGGAGGAUGAGGGUUCAAAGGAGGAAGCAGCCAAUCGUCUCAACUAAUGAGAUUCCCUUAUUUUAAUGUAAGAGAUUUGAAAGUUGAAUACGAUCCAGCCACCAACCCUAAUUCUUACGCUGCUUUCUUUUUCAUUGUGAGGGCGUGGAGCUAAUAUUCACUUGACUGUAGGUUUUAACUUCUGUGGGGUCAGUACAGCUCAUUUUCCACCUUGAAUCAAAGGCAUUUGCUACAGUGGUGCAUUUAAAGACUUUUUUUUUUUCGUGUGUGUCUGUUGAAUAAACUGCACUAUGUCAUUUCGGGAGGAAAAUCUGAACCUCUGACCACAAGGAGUAUUGUACGGUGUAUUUUUAGUCCAGCGAAGAGGCCAAUUUGAUCCUGGGAACGAUGGGUGAACCCAAAAGAAAGUCACUGGUUGGCUGCGUUGGUCAUCUAAAAAUAAGUCUUUUUAGGAGUAGAUUCUUUUGGGUUGGGCGUGUUUGACUAGAUUUCAAAUUGUUUCCUUAGAUCCGUAGGUCUGUACAAAGGUGGCGAUUUAGAAGCCUAGUGUGUGUGAGGCCUGCACAUACACGUGUACGUCUGUGUGUUAAAAUACUACGUGUGUGUGUGUGUUGCUACAUAAUGUACAGCAACAUUCAUGUAAGGGGUUUUUCCUGGCCUGUAUAUUCUGCUGCUCUGUACGACUAAUCAGAACUAAGAGGACUGGUUCCUGUUUUAUUUUUUUUUGUUGCACACACGCUCACACUGACAGUCCGACAGGGGGACCUGAAACAAAGCUGCCUUGUGUUUUUUUCUCUCUUUUUUCCUAAUGACCCCUCCCCUCCUCUCUCUGUUUCUCACUGCCCCCCCACCUUCUUCUAAGAAAUCAUAUAGUCCACCGCAUUGUUUUGUGUUGGGCGGACGUCACGUUGGAGCGGUCACGUGUCUUUUGCGGAGCCUUUUUGUCCACCUGUCACAUCAGUGGAGCCACCAACAAGAUGUGGGAAGAGGAGCAAUGGAGGCCGCUGUUUGGAAUUUGAAGCCGUCUGAAUGCAUUCAUCCCUCUUUUCUUCUGUUUUUCUUCCCCAUGCACUCACACAGACACACACAGGCCACCCUUGGGGGCAGAGGAGACGCAUUAACAAACACAGCUGCCUCUUACACAGAUGUGAACACACACAAACACUGAGUGCAGAGUAAAAGGACAGGAGUUGGAGAGCGAGUGGUCCUUAGCUGACACCAGAUCUGCGUUUCCAUGCCGCAACUGCCAAUAGAAUAAGCCAUCUGUUUCCCAUCCUGAGCCAAUCAGAGUGGAGACCGAAGCCCAGCGGCCAAUAGGAGGAGCGGUGACAUUCACCGAUACCCAUUGCUAACACCUGCAGUGACAGCAGACAUCUGCUGUCUGCCUCUUUCUCUCUCAGUACCCACACACA